GUUUGGGUGUUGUGGCUGUUGAAUACGUGCAGGGUUACGCUACUUAAGAAAAAAUUAUAACAAAUUCAUAUUUUAUGUUAUAAUAAUAGUCUAAAAGAUAACAUAAUUAGUGCCUCACAAAUUUCAAUAAGAAGAUAAUAGAAGAAAUAUCAAAAUAGUCAGUAAAUAAAUGGUGAAGCAAAGUGACGGAGAAACAAUGCGAGAUCAUCGUUGAAUUACCAAUAAAGCUCCGGGGGUGGAUAUUGUUUGAUACUGACAAAAUAACCGGAAGAGAUCGAAGCCCAGUCGAUAACACUGGAGAAAGACGGUGGAGCUUCGGAGGAGGGGGAGAUGUCCGCUGGCACCCAGGGCGAGAUUCGGGUCGGUCCAUCGCACCAGGAAUUGGUUUCUUGUCAGGCUCGAUUGCCUGAAUAUCGUCCUAGUGUGCCACCAGCCGACCUCUUGCCGGACCCCGAAUUUUUAAAGGAAAGAGAAGAAUUAAGAUGGAUCCCAGCAAUGUCAUUGGAUGGCGAUCUGCUCAUGUAUUUAAGAGCAGCACGUUCCAUGGCAGCAUUUGCUGGAAUGUGUGAUGGAGGAUCUCCGGAUGAUGGUUGCGUCGCAGCGUCCAGAGACGACACGACUAUCAACGCACUCGAUAUUCUACACGACUCUGGAUAUGAUCCAGGACGAGCCCUUCAAGCUCUUGUCAAGUGUCCAGUGCCCAAAGGCAUCGAUAAAAAAUGGUCCGAGGAAGAAACUAAACGAUUUGUCAAGGGACUUAGACAAUUUGGAAAAAAUUUUUCUCGAAUCCGUAAAGAUUUAUUACCCCACAAAGACACUCCAGAGCUUGUGGAGUUUUAUUACUUGUGGAAAAAAACACCAGGCGCCAAUAAUAAUCGCCCACAUCGACGUAGACGUCCAGGUUCAUUACGUAGAAUUCGUAAUACAAGAAAUUCUCGUGCGGGUACUCCAAAAGAGGAGACACCCGCUCCUAGCAAAGAAAAUACCCCCGCAAACACGACGAGCGCCAAGGAAGCAGCUACUGAGCCUGAAACACCGUCUGUCGGUGCUUCGGCAAGUAGUAAUAAUAACAAUAACACAAGUAACAGUAAUAACAAUAAUAAUCCUGGUGGUGAAGUUAGUUCUGUGACAGAAGACGAUAAUUCCGAAGAAGAUAGUGAUUCGAGAGAUACAAAUACUAACGGGUCAGCAUUUGAACGCUCUUGUCAACAUUGUUCUUCAACCACAUCAAAAGAUUAUCAGGUAGCAGGAAAAGAUAGACUCUUACUUUGCUUGGAAUGUCGUUCACACUUGAAAAAAACUGGAGAAUUACCUCCAGCGCCGCCUUAUCUGUUUCGACCCGUACCUGCGGAGUCGCCAGAUAGUCCGGGUAGGAUGCGGACACGUAACAAAGCGAAAGAAACGCCGCGACCAGCUCGACCACGUAGAAUUGGAGGCACUGAUACUCCUGAUCAAGAAAAGCAACAGCAACAAAAUCAGCAAACCCCUGAUAAAAAGAAAAAAUCAAAUAAUAAAUCAGAAACACCUAAAAAAACGCAAAAAAGGCCGCCAGUUGAUGACAACGACGACGAUAAAGAAGGACAAAAGAGAAAACGUGGAGAACGGCCAGAAAGUCCUUCAGAAUCAUUAACUACUGACUCAAAUUCUCUGAUGGAUGAACCAGAGAGAGAAAACGAAGUUGAUUCUAAUGAGAAUCAACAAUCUAAUGCUCCGAUUGCGAGCGAAGAGCCUAUUUCACCGAUCGAAACGACACCUGAAGAUACCAAUGAACCCACACCCACUUCAACACCUGUUCCUACCGCGGUAUCGAACUUGCCAAUUACUGUACCGGUAAUUCAUGCUUUAGAAAAGAAACCUGUUAUUGAAGAACCGUCGCCUGAAGUCAAAACUGAACCAGAAGAUUCCCCAUUGAGUCAACCGGUUCAAUUAAAAUUAGAACCUAUUAGUACAGAAAUAGAACCACCUCAAGCUCUUCCUUUGAAUAUGCAAUAUCCUUCAAAUAUUCAAAUGAGUUCUAAAUUAGAACCCAUUUCCACAGAGGUAGAACCACCUCAAACUCUUCCUUUGAAUAUGCAAUAUCCUUCAAGUAUACCGCCAGCUCAAACAGUUCCCCAAAAUCUAUCUCAGAAUAUUCAAAUUCCUCAAAGUAUUUCACAACCGAUUGCUCAAAAUUUACCGCCAGCUCGGGAAAUGAUUCCACCACCGACAAUCACAAAUCAUUCAGAACCUCAGGCGUUAACACAAAAUAUAUCAAUGCCACCAUUGAAUUUAAAUAUUCCACAAAAUCUGUCUCAAAUGCCACCAUCACCUCAGCCUUUAGGAUUAACAACUAUGUCGACUGACAAUCGGAUGGCUGAAAGAAUUAAUGAAGAAAGAAUGGCCGAGAGAAGAAUUCCCGAAAGGAUGUCCGAUAGAUUACCAGAAAGAAUAGAAAAUAAUGAACAGGAUAGACCUUCGGAACCUUCAAAUCUCUUCCAACCCAUUCAACCUACUCCAAUAAUGCAAAAUGAAAAACCUUCAGCCAUUUAUAGUUUAGCAACGACACCUCCGAUGGAACCACAAAAUUUGAAAAUCAAGCAAGAAAUAAUUCCUUCGGAGCCAGAUCCUUUACAAAGUUUAAAAGAAGUUAAGGUGCCUGGAUUUCAAGGUGGCUUUCCUGGGCCAAGUUUGGAAAAUAUUAAAAAAGAUCCUGAUGCCGGAAAACCACCAACGCCAAGCAAACAUUCACAUUCAAAUCAAUCGUUGGUUUCUCAACAACAACAAUCUGUACCGAUUCAACAAUCAGUAGCAGCAUCUCCAACGCCUCUACCUCCUCCUACGUCGAUUCCUCAACCUGUGAUGCAUCCAAGUCAACAACCAAGUCCUCAUAUGGCUCACCCAUUCCAUCCUCAUCAUCCUCUGAUGCAUCAUUCAUUAUUUGCCGCAAUGCACCCAUAUCAUACUCCUUAUCCUGGUUAUCCUCCGGUUGGAAGUUAUCCGUCUUUUCCUCCUUAUGCUUAUGGACCACCAGUUCCUCAUGCUAUUCCACCACCUCAACGAAGUCAAGAAAGCACAACAAUGAUGACUGCUCAUCAUUCAAGUACCAGCUCCAGUGUUACGACUCGUGAAGAGGGCGAAAAUUUAAUAGCAACGCAUCAUCACUCUUCCAGCCUUCAUCAAGCAGCGACUCUUCAUCACGACAAAUUGCUUAUAUCAUCGCAUUCAUCGCACAGUCAUUCUUCAUCGCACAGUUCCCAGCACAAUAGUCAGAGGAAGCCACAAACAAUGGUCUCUGCAUGUUUAACGCCAAGCAGUUCAGUACAUCAUCAUCAUCGCGGACCUCCAACAUCACAACCCAGUGUACCAUCACAACCAGCAGCUAUUAUCGAACCUAAAGAAGAAAUUGAACCAGAACCUGAAGAACCACCAAGUCCACGUGGGCCAUCCCCAGAGCCUAGAAUUGAAGAUUCUGAAUGUCAUAGGUCGCAGUCGGCUAUAUUUUUAAGACACUGGAAUCGUGGAGAAAACAAUUCUUGUACUCGAACUGAUUUAAUGUUUAAACCAGUGCCUGAUUCAAAACUAGCUAGAAAAAGAGAAGAAAGAUCAAGAAAACAGGCGGAAAGAGAAAGAGAAGAACGAGAUCGUGCUGCUCAACAAGCCAGAAAAAUGUCAACGCCUGAGAAACAGCCUGAAGUUUGUAAACCACCCAGUCGGGGACCAAUGGAACCAGUUGUUUCGCCUUAUGACAGAUAUGCAGCUCGUCCAGGUGCCUAUGCAGAUACUCCAGCUUUAAGACAGUUAUCAGAGUAUGCACGGCCGCAUGCGGCCUUUUCUCCAGCUCGUCAUCCAGCACCUCCGGAUCCAAUGCUUCAUUACAUGUACGGGCCUGGUGCAAGAGAAAGAUUGGAGUUGGAACAUAUGGAAAGAGAGAAAAGAGAACGGGAAAUUCGAGAGUUACGUGAAAGAGAAUUAAAUGAUAGGUUAAAAGAAGAAUUAUUGAAAGGAACUCCAAGACCAAUGCCUGCUCCAGUUGAUCCUCAUUGGCUAGAAAUUCAUAGAAGAUAUGCUGCAGCUGGCUUAGCGCCUGGACCUUCGGGUCCUCCGCAAGGAUUGCAGCAUUUUGGACUUUAUGGAGCACCACCGGGUCCGAGUCAAUUGGAUCGAGAACGAUUAGAAAGAUUAGGGAUUCCCACUGGAGCCGGCGGGGGGCCAGCGGGCGCAGGGGCCGGCCAUCCUGUGGCACAUCAUCAUGGCCAGCUUGAUGAGCGCCUGGCUCUGGCUGCCGACCCGAUGGUCCGGCUGCAGAUGGCUGGCAUCUCGCCCGAGUAUCACGCUCACACUCACGCGCAUACGCACGCGCAUACCCACUUGCACCUACAUCCAGGACAACAACAGGCCCAGCAACAAGCACAGCAACAGCAGGAAGCGGCUGCCGCUGCCGCUGGAUUCCCCCUGCCUGCAGCUGCCGGUGCUAAUUAUCCUCGACCAGGAAUGAUGCAACGGGAUCCAACGCUUGCUCUACAUCCAGCUGAAUUGCUCGGACGUCCUUAUGCUGACAUGGCUGCAGCUCAUCACGAACAAUUUCAACGUCAUCUAAUGAUGGAACGUGAAAGAUUUCCAUCUCAUGCUUUAGUUGCUCAUCAUGAAGAGUAUAUAAGACAACAACGUGAACGUGAGCUCAAAGUUCGUGCCCUGGAAGAAGCAGCACGUGGAUCACGACCUUAAGAUCGCUCUCGUUCAUCCAUAGAUUUUAUUAAAACAAUAACAUUCAACUUCUUCAUCCUGGAACAUACACCAUUGAAAAUGAAUAAAUGAGUAAAUCAAUUAAAUAAUUGAUUGAAUGAAUCCUUUAAAAAAUUGUUCGAUAAAUAUUUUAUAAUUAUGUUAUAAAAAUUAACAUUUCUAAUAAUAUUUUUUACUAAUAAUAACUUUUUUUUUAAAUAAUCGUUCGGUUAACUAGUUUCUCUUAAAUUACAUAAAUUUUGCAUUUUGUUCUAUAAUGUGCUAUCAUUUCUUUUAUUCUGAAUUCCAGAACGAAGAAGUAGAAUUUUCAAAUUUUUUUCUUACAAGAUAAAACUAUUUACAUAUAUAAAGUAUAAAUAUAUAAAUAUGAAUUAUAUAAAUAUAUUGUGACGUUUUAUGACUAUUUAAUAUGUUAAUUAGUCAAACGUCGUGUAAUAUGUCCAGUGUAAAUAUGAAAAAUAAUGAAAAGUAAAAAAGAGAAAGAAUUAAUGAACGAGAAAUUAAUCAAACAAAAUUUUUUUUGUUGAUGAAUAGUUUAUGGUUUAUCAAUUAUUAAUAAAUAGUAAUUGAUUAAUCAAUUCUCUUGGAAGAUUACUAUUAUAUAAAAUCUAAUUUUUUUAGACACUGAUGUAUUUGUAAAUUUCACUUUUAAAUGAAUUCAUUUAUUUAUAAAUUGUGUAAGUGUGAAUUUUUUAAUGUAAA